AUUAUCAAAAAAGAAUCAAGGCAUUAAAAAACUAACACCCUAUGAAGUUGUGCCAGGCACCUAGCUUCCCAAAGAAAGAGAGAGCUCCGCGUCAAAGGGAGUUAUCAGAGGAGGAGGAGGAAGAAGAGAGUGAAAGGAGAGAGAUGGAUAAGAAGGAGAAAGAAGAAAGAGGAAGAAGAUACUGCGUAACAGGAGCCACAGGAUAUAUCGGAUCAUGGCUGGUCGAGUCUCUUCUUGAACGAGGCUGCUUCGUUCAUGCAACUGUUAGAGAUCCUGCAAAGUCAAUGCACCUAGUGUCGCUGUGGACGGCGAGUGAACGGCUGAGACUGUUCAGAGCAGAUUUGGACGAAGAUGGAAGCUAUGAUGAGGCCGUCAACGGCUGUGAUGGCGUCUUCCAUGCUGCUGCUUCCAUGCAAUUCCAUGUCCCAGACGAUCAGCAUCAUGAUCUUGAAGCCUAUGUUGAAGCAAACAUACUUGAUCCAGCAAUCAAAGGAACCAUCAGCCUUCUGAAAUCCUGCUUAAAGUCUAAAACUGUGAAAAGGGUGGUUUUUACAUCUUCCAUUAGUACCAUCACUGCCAAAGAAAGCAAUGGCAAGUACAAGCCCAUGGUUGAUGAGUCCUGUCAGAUUCAGGUCGACCAAGUAUGGAACUCUAAAGCCACUGGAUGGGUUUAUGCACUUUCAAAGCUUUUAACAGAAGAAGCAGCAUUUAAGUUUGCACAAGAGAAUGGCAUUGAUCUUGUAUCAGUCAUAACUACUACUGUUGCAGGCCCUUUCUUUACUGCAUCUGUACCAUCAAGUGUCAAAGUUAUUCUAUCACCAAUAACAGGUGAAACUGAGUUCUUCAAGAUAUUAUCCGCUGUAAAUUCAAGAAUGGGGUCAUUAGGUGUAGUUCACAUUGAAGAUAUAUGCAGUGCCCACAUAUUUCUAAUGGAGCAUACCAAAGCAGAAGGCAGAUACAUCUGCUGCAGCCAAAGUUGUUCACUGUCCAAGUUAUGUCAUCUUCUCUUCCAAAAGCAUCCUUGUUCAAAUAUGCAGAGAAUUAGUGAUAAAAGUGAUAACGAAGUUCCUCCUGAGAUAUCAUCAAAGAAGCUAAAAGAUUUGGGAUUCAGCUACAAGCAUGGCCUUGAGGAUAUAAUUCAUCAGGCAAUUUUGUGCUGUCAAGAUUAUGGUUAUUUACCUCCUGUAAACCAGUAGAUUAUACAUUACUCUACCCCUGCUAGCUGUUUGUACAUAAUUAUCUUUUGUAGAUUCAAUAUUAGGUUUUGAAUAGAUUUUCAAAGUACAAUAAAUGUGGCCAUAUCUUCCCCGAACCCACUUCAUUCCUUCUUGAAUGUUUGGUAUAUGUUACUUUCUAUGCAGUUGCAA